AUGAGCGAACUAACAAUCUACGCCAUUCUCGAGUUGAUGCUCUCAAUUCAUAUUUCACUAUCUAAUUUACUAGUCUUAUGGGUCUAUUUUCGAUAUAAACAUGUACGAACAGCUACCAAUACCUAUAUAUUCUCUUUAGCUUUAACUGAUUUUCUAGCAGGAAGUUUGGGCAUUCCACUGACUGUUAUGAGCGUAUUGACACUCAAACCUAAUUCAUAUUAUGAAUGUUUAAUAGUUCACUUAAUUCUAUGUAUUCUAUGUACAGUUUCAACAUUUCAUAUGUUAGCUAUUGCUUUUGAUAAGUAUAUAACGAUAUGUUGUAAGGAUCAACUGUUUGAAACAAGACAUCAUCGAGCUAUAAUCCUCAUCGCUUCUUCAUGGAUUAUAGGUACCGCAAUCGCCAUUAUGCCUGUAUUCAAUAUAUUCGGUUUUGCUGAAACAGAGAAUGAUUUCAUUCAUCAUAAUAUGGAAUGUCAUUUCACAGUAGUUGUUGAUUACGGUUAUCUCGUUUAUGUUAUCUUUGUUGGAACCAUCUUAGCUCCAACUGUAUUCAUUAUCUUCUGUUAUGUAAGCAUCUAUAGUCGAAUAAGAAAAGAAGAACAACAGGUUCGAUGCUUGUUGCCAAAAACAGAGCAGGAACGACGACUGCAGGGUCGACGAAAAUUAAUCAAAAUCCUACUGAUUCUCGUCGUCUCAUAUGGAAUUUGCUGGUAUCCUUUGUAUAUAAUUAAUACAGUUGAAUACUUUUGGCCGAAUUCAUCGAUGAAAGAUCUAACACUAUGGACGGUCGUUUUGUCACAUAUAUCAUGCGCAUUGAAUCCUUUGAUUUAUGCAUAUGGAAUGCCGGGCUUCAAAAAGGCAUUACGUAAUUUCUUCAAUAUUAAAUCGGAUAACAACAACACAUAUAUUGGUAAUCAUUCACAAUAUAUGAAUAGUAAGCGGUUUGAUCCACUUGGCAGUCAACAUUCAAGGCAUACUACUUCUCUCAAAACAUCUGAGGAAUCUCACUUGAAAGCACGCAAAAUAAGUGCGCCUGUAACAUAUAAUCGUCGUUCUACACCAAUACAUCAUCAUCAAGCACGUAAAGCAACUUUAAUAAGCAUAGCUUUAGCUGUUAUUUAA